GUGGCGCGAAACUGCUUCAGUGGAGCGGAGGGACGGCAUCGGACAGACGGAGCUGGAAACGGAGCGAAAUUCUUCAUUUUAGCAGCUUUAAAGCAGAAAAAGUGAUCGGAAAUGAUGGCCACUGACAUGGUAGAUGACCAGGAGAUGAGGGACGCUCAGAGGGACUACCUGGACUUCCUGGACGACGAUCAGGACCAGGGCAUCUACCAGAGCAAAGUCCGGGACAUGAUCAGCGAGAAUAAAGCUCGACUCAUCGUCAACAUCAACGACCUGAGGAGGAGGAACGAGGCCCGAGCAGCCAAGCUGAUGAACAACGCCUUUGUGGAGCUGCUGGCGUUCCAGCGAGCGCUGAAGGACCUGGUCGCCUCAGUGGAUGCCACCUAUGCCAAACAGUACGAGGAAUUCUUCAUCGGCCUGGAGGGAAGCUUCGGAUCCAAACACGUCUCCCCCAGAACCCUGACCUCCAGGCUGCUGGGCAGCAUGGUCUGUGUGGAGGGCAUCAUCACCAAGUGUUCUCUGGUGCGUCCUAAAGUGGUGCGCAGCGUCCACUACUGUCCAGCCACCAAGAAGACGAUGGAGAGGAAGUACACGGACAUGACCUCGCUGGACGCCUUCCCCUCCAGCGCCAUUUACCCCACCAAGGACGAGGAGAACAACCCUCUGGAGACGGAGUUCGGCCUGUCCAUCUACAAGGACCACCAGACCAUCACGGUGCAGGAGAUGCCAGAGAAAGCUCCGGCCGGGCAGCUUCCUCGCUCUGUGGACAUCAUCCUGGACAACGACCUGGUGGAUGUCGUCAAACCAGGAGACCGAGUCCAGGUGAUCGGGACGUACCGCUGCCUGCCCGGAAAGAAGGGAGGAUUCACCUCCGGGACCUUCAGGACCAUCAUGAUCGCCUGUAACGUCAAACAGAUGAGCAAAGAUGUUUCUCCGCACUUCUCUGCUGAUGAUGUGGCCAAAAUCAGGAACUUCUCUCAGACUCGCUCCAUAAACGUGUUCGACCAGCUGGCUCGCUCUCUGGCUCCCAGCAUCCACGGACACGAGUACAUCAAGAAGGCCAUCCUGUGCAUGCUGCUGGGAGGAGUGGAGAAGGUCCUGGAGAACGGCUCCAGGAUCAGAGGAGACAUCAACAUCCUGCUCAUCGGAGACCCGUCGGUGGCCAAAUCUCAGCUGCUGCGUUACGUUCUUCACACGGCGCCCAGAGCGAUUCCCACCACCGGCCGAGGCUCGUCCGGCGUCGGUCUGACGGCUGCCGUCACCACGGAUCAGGAGACGGGUGAGCGUCGUCUGGAGGCGGGCGCCAUGGUUCUGGCCGACCGCGGCGUCGUCUGCAUCGACGAGUUCGAUAAGAUGUCGGACAUGGACCGCACGGCCAUCCACGAGGUGAUGGAGCAGGGCCGCGUCACCAUCGCCAAGGCUGGCAUCCACGCCCGACUCAACGCCCGCUGCUCCGUGCUGGCCGCCGCCAACCCCGUCUACGGCCGGUACAACCAGUAUAAAACCCCCAUGGAGAACAUCGGCCUCCAGGACUCUCUGCUGUCGCGUUUCGACCUCCUCUUCAUCAUGCUGGACCAGAUGGACCCCGAGCACGACCGCGAGAUCUCAGACCACGUCCUGAGGAUGCACCGAUACCGCGACCCCCACGAGCAGGAGGGAGCAGCCAUGGCUCUAGGUGGAACCGUAGACGUCCUGGCUACAGAAGACCCAGACGCCAUAGAGGAGGAGCACGAAGAGCUGCAGAUCUAUGAAAAACACAACAACCUGCUGCAUGGAAGCAGGAGGAAGAAGGAUAAGACUGUGAGUAAGGAGUUCAUGAGGAAGUACAUCCACAUCGCCAAAGCUGUGACGCCCGUUCUGACGGAGGAGGCGGCCAAUCACAUCGCAGAGGAGUACUCCAGGCUGAGGAGCCAGGACCAGCUGGGGGCCGACCUGGCCAGGACCUCGCCGGUUACGGCUCGUACUCUGGAGACUCUGAUCCGUCUGUCCACGGCCCACGCUAAGGCCCGCAUGAGCAAAACCGUGGAGCUGCAGGACUCGGAGGUCGCCGUGGAGCUCGUCCAGUUCGCCUACUUCAAAAAGGUUCUGGAGAAGGAGAAGAAACGGUCGAGGCAGGAACGAGACUCUGGAUCAGAGGAGGACGAGGAUGAAGACGUGUCCACCCAGCGCUCACAGAGAACUCAGAGGAAGAGGGGGCGUCGUGGAUCUCAGGGCAGCGAGCCUUACAGUCCGUACGACUUCAGCGAGGAGCAGGAGGUCCCUGAGAUUCAGGCCGGCACCCCGAAACCGACCAAACCGAGGCGAGAUGAGGAGCCGAUGGAGGCCGGAGAUGCCGAUCUGUCUGCAGAGAGACUGAAGGAGUUCAAGUCGUCGCUGUUCUCCGUCUUCCAGUCUGCUCACGCUCAGUCGGUGAAGAUGACGACGCUGAUGGACGACAUCAACAAGCAGCGUCAUGAUCGCUUCACGGAGGCCGAAGUUCGCGGCGCUUUGGCUCGUAUGCAGGACGACAACCAGGUCAUGAUGGCCGACGACAUCAUCUUCCUCAUCUGAGGAGCAUCGGAUCACAUGGACUCAUAAAGAAGCAGCGGAUUCUAUAAAAACACGUUUAUUUUUUAUCCACAUCGUGCCACUUCGCCUAUAAUCUGCAGCCCCACCAGUCUGCAUUUGCAGGUUGUUCUUCUACUGAAACAUCUGCUCUGACUCAUUUCUGCUCUUGCUGUUCUGGUUUAGUUGUGGUAACGUUACUUUAUCGUGUUCUUAUGAGAAGUAUCAGCGGGCUACUACAGUAAAAUGCAUGAAUCUCUCUUAUUAUAGAGAUAUUUGAAUAAUGAGCUGCUGUAAAGUCAUGUUACCUUCUUCUGUUGUCUGGAUUUCUGUAUAUAGUUCACAAGUUGUGAAAUUAACUGUAGCUGUGUGUUAAAAAAUAAAGUGUCAUGUUUGGGUAUAUUA